UGCAGCCGGAGCCGGAGCUGGGCGGCAACGAGUGGGCCGAGCUGGACGCCGACCAAGCACCCGUCAACCAGGCCCUCAUCAAGGAUAUCCCGGCUGCGUUCGACGCCUACCAGAGCAUGAUCUACAACAACAUCGCCGAGACGCUCUGGAGUAUGACCUGUCAGCCGGCCAGUUUCGACCGGCUCGGCGCUGUGUUCGUGGAUAACGUGAACGGCUGGCUACCGUCGUCCGGCAUCCGACUCUCCGUCGUGCUCGACUGGAUGCUGAACCAGGUGGCCUGCGAGCCGUCCUUCCGCUACGUCUGUGCCAGGCUCUGCAACGUCAUGUGCUCGCGGUGCCGCGUCAACGAGGGCACCCGCACCUUCCGUGACCUGCUGCUCAGCAGAUGUCAGUCGCUGUACAGGCAGGCGGGCGCGCUGCUGGCGGAGAGCGAACGGUCCUUCGCCGAGCUGACGGUGCUGUUCUGCGAGCUGUACCUGCACGUGCGACUGGCGGGCGGCGAGGAGCCGAUCGCCGUGCUCGGCUCGGCUGUGCUCGGACUCUGCGGCCAGCUGCUGGACGCCGUCACACCAGGGGGCGCCAGGACUGUCUGUCAGGCGCUCAAGCUGACCGGCGCCGCUCUGGAGCGGCAGGAGCGGCCGCCCUCAGGAGGACUGUCGGCCGAGGAGCGCUGGUUCAUGGAGCAGCAGGUGCAAACGGCAGAGGAGGACGAGGACGACGAGCUGGACGAGGCUUACGAGGCUUUCCUGGACGAGCUGGAGCAGCACAACUGA